CUUCAGAUCGAGCCCGGAGAACUCCUCUAUGAGAUGAAAAGCGAUGAAUGCCACCUCAUGGCCCCACUUAUCUGACGUCAUCAGCCUACGGUCGCAUAGCACACUCGUAAUUGCAGGGACGAAGUUGGCCUUGACCAGCCGUAGAUAGCGUUUGUCUGACUCACGGCCACCUAAUUCGAAUCCAUCUGAGCAGCAAACACAAUCAAAGGCACAGUACAUGACAAUCGAUCGAUCCAUCCAGUAUAGGUGCUUACACGUGAUGUUUGCCGGUAGUGAGAGGCCCAUCAUUACGUCCCAGUCAAACCUAGCUGCCUCGGGCCUCGUGGCGAUCAGUCUAGCGAUGGCAUCGAGUGUGUUGCUGUCGGCUGACAUUGUUGUUGCAAUCCUCUUAAGAGCUGCACAUACAAAGAAGGACAACCGAGAAGUGAGUGUCGGUUGCAGUUGAUUUUUUUCUCACCCACCACGUCUGCAUUGAACUCCCCACGCCGAUAUGUCGUCAGAUUCUUCGUCUACGUACUCAAGGAUGUGAACGAUGGAGCCGAGUAGACAUAGGGCUUUCCACUGGACGAGGUCAACGACUGCCCCGAUAGUAGAUGAUGUCAACGCACUCAGGAGGGGAUCGAUCUUGCUGGCAACAUGCAUCUGAAACGGCUGCUCGUACUCGUGAAGCUGACGAACAUGCGCACGAGAAUGCUCACAAACUGUUACUCAAAACAGCAAACAAAACAAAAACAGCUUCAUGUGGUGUGUGCAGAGUAGUGAUGUCUCUGUCUUGUGAUGCCCUGAUCUCCCCACUCAUUCCCUCUUACCAACACGCUCGCCAUCCUCGUUUGCAAGCGGGAAGUUCAUCACGAGUGUCUCCAUAAUGCAUCCCAUUAAAGGUCUGCCAUCGAACACCGGCGUCGCCUCGUUUAGCACGAUAUCCACAAGUACGCCAAAGAGACGCAUCCAAUAGGAUGGAGGGCUCGCCCUGCUGCAGAGCGACCUCAAGAAGGCAGCAGCUGCUCGUCCAGCCCCGUCAGCAUCACCCAUCAUUCUCACAACAGCCUCAGCUUGAUCGAUGACAGAUCCAUGCUCCGAAAUGAGUAUCUCGCGAUAAGUGUCCAGACGCUCGGCCCAUGCAGCGCUGGCCAUGAAGUGAGGCAUGAAGAGGCUGGCGAGAUAUAUGAAAGCACGGUUGAGGACUGUUGGAUGCGACGAUGAGGUAAGCACCCUCUCCAUAGUGACAAAUAGUCGACUUGCUUUUUCUCGGCCGAUACGGAAGGCACAUCCGCAUUGCGAGAGAGUCAACAAGAGGCGCGAAGCGGCGAUGUUAAUGCCGUCCGGCGUCCACCCGGACUCAUCUUCGAGGCUCUCAGCCAGGCAGUAAGCGAGGGUCUUCAAGCGAGCCGAUGCCUCCGUCAGCAGUCUGCGCACGACCUCAGGUCUUUGGGACUCAUCAUCAAUGUCUUCUGGAAGCACCCGGUCCAGCAGGUUCGAGAGGUUGUGGAUACGCUCGCUUUUGAUGAUUGCAGAAGUGACGGUAGAAGUGCCGCUGGGACGGAAUAGCCGGAUAAGAUUAUCCACAGCCCCUCUCAGCUCAUCAAGCGUGACGUCGUUUGUGUCCCCACGGCCGGCGGGGGUUGCACUGUGAGAUGCGGCUGCACUUGCUUGACUUCCGCUGCUCAUGCUGACUGCAGCUUCCUCAAGUUUAGCUCACAGCAGCAGAAUCAACACACCGUCUCACCAAGCAGCAGCACCAUCUCGUGUUCUUCCCGAC